UAUUAUAAAGAAAAGGGGACUCUCUCCUCCCUGUUCCACGUCGAUAAAUAAUGCAAGGAGCACAAGCCACGUGUCCUAAACCUUAAACGCACCGUCUCAUUAAGUUUAUAUUCGUGUGGGCUAUUGUUUGUUGGGCCAUAUUGUAUUUUUUGAUGGACUCGCGAGUAUUAUGUCUUUGUUAAACGCAGCUUAUUUGAUUAGGGUUGAAGUGAGGUUGUUUUUGCAAAACCAGAGAUGAGAGCGUCUUCUCUUCCGCCGCUGAUCUUUCAUCUUCUUCGUCGAGUAGCCUGUGACCAAACCCUCGACUUUACGAUUUCAAUUAAUAGAGCACCCACGAUGAAGAUUCAAUGCCAUCAUAAUGUUCUCGAAGGCGGUGGAGUUCGACUAUAAAGAGCCUGGCCGCUCCUCUUCCACCGUUGAAGUUCGCUUGCUUCGCUUCUGGGAGGCCAGCAACGUCCGCCGUGGUGGUGAGCUCAUGGGCAUCGACAUGCUCCUACUCGAUUCUCAGUCGACCAUGAUGCCGGCAACUGUGAACGUGAACCAUCUUGCGACGCACCAGACUAACCUGGAAGCGGGGUUCAGCGACUCUUCCACUUCCUUCAAGAAGGUCACUGAACCGGCUGUUCAAAUCCCUCUUCAAUCAUUCCGAUUCCGUAACCACCGUGAGAUGCUUGGUCUUGCGAACUCUAACAAUCAGCUACCGGACCUUAUUGGUGAGAUAACUGCUGUCAAGAGUACUGUUACCGACCUUCCACAUGACAAGAAUCGUGUUAUGGCGACAAUCAAGAUGGAGAAUGGCACUUAUGUGAUCAUGAGCCUCUUUGACGAUCACGCUGUUAAAAUUCAUGAUCGGCUCGAGAAGAUGAGAAGUGAUCCAAAGGUUGUCGUUGCAACCAGUGUGAAUCCGAAGAUGGUGGGAGGCCGUCUGUUUUUGAAUGCCACAUCUGGCACACACAUAUACUUCGACAAGGAAACAAAUGCAGGGGAAAGCCUUUUCCUCAGGUUGGUUACACGAGACACUGGGCUCGCGCCAGUAGCUCCACUUCUAAAGAGCUAUGCUAAAGUGGAGAAGAUGAGCGUAUCUGAGCUCAAUGAUUUUGUCGUUACCGCUCCGUCACAGUACAUUGAAUUAUCUGUAUCGGAAAAGUGAGUGGAAUCAAUUUGGACAAGGGAUGGUGCUAUGUUUCCUGUUCAAAAUGUUCCAGGAAACUUCAGCGGUCUGUCUCAACUUUAACGUGUUGGUGUUGUCCUCCGAUACCGUGUGGAGUUGUCAAUUGUAGACAAAACUGGUGAAGGUUUGUUUGUUGGAUUUGAUGGAGUAAUGGCGAAGCUCCAUAACAUGAGGGCCUAUGAAGCUGCCAAUAUCUUGGCUGGGGAUGGUGCCAAUCCAGAGGAAGCUGAUGCCCCUCCGUUUGUUAGAGACAAGGAGGGAAAGACUUACACGUUCCAAGUCAGGGUGGGUCCAUACAGUUUCACAGCGAAUCAUCAGAGCUUCACCAUCUCGCGCAUCCUCAGUGAGGAUGACAGUGUGCCAAACCCUGAGUUCGUUGAUAAUGGAAGGACGAUAACAAUGGAGAUGGAGAUGGAGAUGGAGAUGGAGAUGGAGAUGGAGAUGGAGAUGGAGAUGGAGAUGGAGAUGGAUAUGGAGAUGGCGAUGGCAAUGGAGAUGGCAAUGGCAAUGCCGGCUUGGUGCUUGGUAAGAGGGAAGUUGGUGGUGGUAGCAAGCCUGGAGGAACAUCUCCAAUGGUGAAGAAGGCACGCAAGGCAUGAGUGAAUGGAGACGCAGUUUCCCUGUUGUAAUAAUAAUUAAGUAUGCAUUUGGUAUUUCUCUAUUUGGUAUUGUGCUUUUAGCUUCAUUAACAAUCAAGUUUUUUUUUUUGAUGAAGCAUUAGUUUGGUAUUUCUAUAUUUUGUUAAUCUUAAUUUGUUUAAAUAUGUUGCUUGACUGUGGAUGCUCGGUAGAGACUGAAAGUCCUCACAUACUGAUUUUUAGACUUUAACUACUGUGAUGAAAUGUUUAAAACGUUUUGACCUUA